AUGAGCGGCGUCACAUGCUGCCUGCGUUUCCCUGGACAGUUGAACUGCGACCUGCGCAAGAUCGCCGUGAAUCUGGUGCCUUUCCCGCGCUUGCACUUCUUCAUGACGGGCUUUGCACCAUUGACUUCCCGUGGAUCGCAGCAGUACCGCGCCCUGACGGUUCCCGAAUUGACGCAACAAAUGUUCGACGCCAAGAACAUGAUGUGUGCGGCAGAUCCCCGCCAUGGACGGUACCUCACGGCAGCAGCCCUCUUCCGCGGCCGCAUGUCCACCAAGGAGGUGGAUGAGCAGAUGUUGAAUGUCCAAAACAAGAACUCCUCCUACUUUGUGGAGUGGAUCCCCAACAACAUCAAAGCGUCAGUGUGCGACAUCCCGCCCAAGGGUCUCAAGAUGGCUGUCGCCUUCGCAGGGAACUCCACAGCUAUCCAGGAGAUGUUCAAGAGGGUGGCGGAGUACUUCACUGCCAUGUUCCGCCGCAAAGCUUUCUUGCACUGGUACACUGGCGAAGGCAUGGACGAGAUGGAGUUCACGGAGGCAGAGUCCAACAUGAACGACCUGGUCUCCGAGUACCAGCAGUACCAG